GACGGAGAUGCUGGCGAGGCGGCCGCGCCGUCCCCUCCAGGCCCUGCAGCGCCGCAGUCAGGAACUGAAGCAACAGGUUGAUAGUUUACUUUCUGAGAGUCAAUUGAAAGGAGCUCUAGAAGCCAGUAAAAGGCGAGAUAUUUACCAAAGAUGUAUCCAAUUAAAACAGGCAAUAGAUGAAAAUAAAAAUGCUCUUCAAAAACUAAACAAAGCUGAUGAACCUGCACCUGUUGGGAACUAUAAUCAGAAAAAAGAAGAGGAGCACAGUCUUUUGGAUAAGCUUACCCACCAACUGCAGGAGCUUGCUGUGUCCAUGAGAAGAGAAAAUAUAACAGAAAUUGGGGCACUUACUGAAAGAGAGGAAGAUGACAAUUCUGCUGAAGAAGAUGAAGACGAUGACGACGACGAAGAAAGUGAAGAAAGUGAAGAAAGUGGUGAGGAGGAAGAAGAGACAGAAGAGGAAGAGGAAGAGAAACAGGAAAAUGAAUCCCACGGACAGGCGACAAGUAAAGAAUACAUUGCUAUUGGAGAUUUUACUGCUCAGCAAGUUGGAGAUCUUACAUUUAAAAAAGGGGAAAUUCUCCUUAUAAUUGAAGAAAAACCUGAUGGUUGGUGGAUAGCUAAGAAUGCCAAAGGAAACACAGGUCUCAUUCCCAGAACCUACUUGGAGCUUUAUAAUAAGGAAGGUGGCCAAGAAUCAAGUGAAGAAGGCAGUGAAGAAGAUGUAGCAGGGGAGGAUGAAACAGCAGAGGGAGCGGAAGUUAAACAAAGAAGCGAUUCUCACUGGAGUGCUGUCCAAAAAGCUAUCUCAGAGCAGAUAAGCACUGUUGAUGUGUUAACCACGAUGGGAGCUAUUCCUGCAGGGUUCAGGCCUUCCACACUCUUCCAGCUUCUGGAGGAAGGGAAUCAAUUUCAAGCAAGUUACUUCUUACAACCAGAGCUCACUCCUUCACAGCUGGCCUUCAGAGAUCUAAUGUGGGAUGCUAAAAUGGGCACUAUUAGGUCAAGACCAAGUCGCGUUUCAUUGAUUCUGACCCUCUGGAGCUGUAAAAUGAUUCCUUUUCCGGGAACGAGCGUCCAGGUUCUCAGCAGACACGUACGCCUCUGUCUAUUUGAUGGUAAUAAGGUUCUGAGCAACAUUCAUACAGUCAGAGCCACAUGGCAACCUAAAAAGCCCAAAACAUGGACCUUUUCUCCCCAGGUUACUGGCAUCUUGCCCUGCUUGCUUGAUGGUGAUUGUUUUAUCAGAUCCAAUUCUUCAUCUCCGGAUCUUGGACUAUUAUUUGAGCUUGGAAUUUCUUAUAUUCGCAAUUCAACUGGUGACAGAGGAGAAUUAAGUUGUGGCUGGGUGUUUCUUAAACUUUUUGAUGCCAGUGGAAUUCCUAUUCCAGCCAAAACUUAUGAACUCUUCUUGAAUGGCGGCACCCCUUAUGAAAAAGGUGUGGAAGUGGACCCUUCAGUGUCCAGAAGAGCACAGGGGAGUAUUUUCUAUCAGAUGAUGACGAUGAGAAGGCAGCCUCAACUUCUAGUAAAACUGAGAUCUUUGAACAGAAGAUCAAGAAACAUACUAAGUCUACUGCCAGAAACAUUAAUUGGAAGUAUGUGCUCCAUUCAUUUGUUGAUAUUUUAUCGCCAAAUUCUUGGAGAUGUACUCCUGAAAGACAGGAUGAGUAUGAAAAGUGCUGAUUUAAUGAGUAAUCCUGUGCUGGCCACCUUCCCCACGCUCUUGGAGCAGCCUGACGUGAUGGAUGCUCUCAGGAGUUCAUGGGCUGAGAAAGAAAGCACAUUAAAGAGAUCAGAGAAGAGAGACAAAGAGUUCCUGAAGGCCACGUUUCUCCUGGUCUAUCACGACUGUGUGGUCCCUCUUCUCCAUUCUACUUCCCUGCCCCCAUUCAGGUGGGCAGAAGAAGAGACUGAGGCUGCCCGAUGGAAAGCAAUUGCUGACUUCCUUAAGCAAAACCAAGAAAACGAGGGCGCCCUCCAAGCUCUGCUGUCCCCAGAUGGAGUCCAUGAACCUUUUGACAUUUCAGAGCAGACCUAUGACUUCUUGGGUGAAAUAAGGAAGAAAGCAGCCUGACAGUGGUGGCCCUGGUGGACCCUCCAUGAUGGCCUGAAUAAAAUGACAGAACCAAAAGAAACUGUCACUCUGUAACUUAGGCUUUACUCUUUUUUGUACAGACCACAUUCUAUAAGAAAUAUUUAUCUGAUAAUUUGAAUAUGUUUUAAUACAAUAAAAUUUUUAUAAGGAAUACUAUUAUAUCUAAAUUUAAAGAACUUUUUUCAAAAACCAAGUAACUUGAAUUUAAGUUGACUGUAUCUAUAGAUUUGUGUAAAAGCAAGAUUUUAUCAAAAGCUAAAUUUAUGAUUAUUCAAGCAAGUGAAAAUAUGAUCCACACAAUGGGAGAAGAUAUUUACAAAUCAUAUAUCUGUUAAGAGUCUAGUAUCCAGAAUAUAUAAAUACAUGAUUAUUGCUAAUAAAAUUUAUGUUGUGAAAUG